AUGUCCGCCCAGCUCUGUCGAUCUGAUAACCUAGAAACAAUGAACCCAGAUGUGUCCACCCAGCUUCGUCGACCUGACAACCCAGAAACGACGAACCAGCCUUCCACCACGCGCACACCUCCACCUCAAUCACUUAUUCCACCACCACAACCAUCGAUUCCUUCACCUGGUUCGCCCCACUUCAAUCCGAGUCAAUUUGGACCCAAUCUGCCUGGUUCGCCUCCGUCACAGAUUCAUGAUUCUGAUGCUCCAUUCCAGGCGCAACCACCGUCCUCCAUUGUACCUCAGCCGGAACCUCAGCCACCCAUCCCAAAACCACCGUCGCCCAACCUAGAACCCCAACCUCUCCGUCGCUCUGCCCGAUCCACGCUACCUUCUGUUCGACUCUGGGAUUACAUCUGUUCACAUGUCACAACCUUCCCAACCUCGUCAUCUUCUUCGUCUCCAAGUUCUGUUAAAAUCAAAGGUACACGAUAUCCAUUGUGCAAUUAUCUUUCCUAUCAUCGUUAUACUCCUUCGCAUCGCACUUUUACUGCACAGAUUACCCAGGCUAUUGAGCCACACACCUAUGCCGAAUCUGCUCCUUAUCCAGAGUGGCAAGCAGCGAUGCGUUAUGAGUUGCAAGCUUUAGAGGACAAUAACACAUGGAUUCUCACCCCCUUACCGGCUGGAAAGACUCUUAUCGGUUGUCGGCGGGUUUACAAGAUCAAGCAUCGAUAA